AUUAUGUUUCAAAGAGUUGUUGAGUAUAAACGGGUUUCUGCAUUCCGGGAAGGUCUAAAACCUGAUGCUCCUGGUUAGUCUUAGUUAUGAGUAAACAUAUCCAACAUUCAAGCAUUUUUCGUGAUUAAGUAAAGUGAAAAAGUGAGCAAGUGCUUAACAGAGUUGUGUGUCUUUUGUACUUCAUAUCCUUGCUGGGAGAAGCACGCUUUCUGCUUGCAUAUGUACCUAAGGAUCAGAAGUUAGAAGUGCGUGGUCAUAGUGUUGACGAGUUGAUUUGAAAAGUUGAGUUUUCUUUGUGCUGCAUGCAGAUGCUGCUUUCAGUGCAGUGUCCUUAAGAAGACACCAGAGGAGCAAUAAACUCAAAGCGAAAGUAAGGGAGCAGCAGAAGAUUCGUGUCACAAAAUACUAAAGUGGAUAAUUUGGUUGAUACUAUCACGUUAAUACAUCAAAGUCCUUCUAUUUCUUCGACGUUUGGUUGGGAAGAGUUUCGUAUUGGCUGCAAAUCCUAUUGCCUAGAAAAAUUCGACUGUUGGAUUCAAUGAAGAACACACUCCCAUUGAAGAAGUUAUCCCACGAACGUUCGCUAUCCUUGAUUGAUUUAAUCGCAAUUUAAUAAAGGCAAUAAAAGGACGACAAGGACCAAGCGCUUUCAAUUGACUUUGCUUAGGCAAAUUGAGUUGGAGCUUGUGUAAUCAAAAAAAUUGUCGCCUAGUUCGGCUGAGACUUAACAAGGUCAGGAUAACAGUUCGGUAGCAUCGAGUACCCUGUAAAUACAACAAAAAUACCGUUAACAAUCAAGGAACCUACGCCGGAAAAUGAGAAGCCAUCGUUUCCGUUCGGGGGCGAGGCGGCGGGCACAAAUGCGAAUGGUGGCAAUACCGUUCUCUACAUGUCAUAUUCAGAACGUAAUGGUGGCACUGUCCAUCAUACCACGAUGCCCUCAGCGCAUUCUUCGGCCUGGAAUCGAACCAAACGACACUUAAUGGAGGUUGGCGAUAAAAUUGGCAAUUUCACAAUGGAAUGCUCCAGUCGAAUGAACAAAUGUGGCACUUGGUUUUGCAAUCGGAAUAAUGGUUCGAGGGUACCUACGAGCGAGGAGGCGGUGGGUGGAGUAAAAAUGAACAAUAACAAUAAUCAAAAGACAAACAGUAGCAAUAUAAGCAGCGGCAACAACGAGUUAAAUGGACCAAAAUCUAGCAACCAAGCAAACACAACCUCGAAUGAGAUAAUGCAUGGGCCUGGGCCGAGUCCUGGUAGCUCCGGAUCCUGCGACGAUAGUGAACCACCUGCCAAGAAUUGUUAUAGGCUAGUCAUGCUUGGGUCAGCUAGAGUAGGAAAGACUGCCUUAGUCGCUCGAUUUCUCGGCGGUAAGUUCGACGAGUCCUACACCCCAACCAUUGAAGACUUUCAUAGGAAACUAUAUAGGAUAAGAGGCGAAGUUUAUCAACUUGAUAUAUUGGAUACGUCAGGAAAUCAUCCUUUUCCAGCCAUGAGAAGACUAUCCUUUCUGACAGGGGAUCUUUUCGUGCUUGUGUUCAGUAUGGACUCGAGGGAAUCCUUUGAGGAAGUCAUCCGGUUACGGGAGCAAAUACUUGAGACAAAGUACAGUGCGAUUGUUGGCUCAGGAGGACGCUCGAAGAAGAAUUUACCAAAAGUGCCAAUGGUUUUAGCGGGAAAUAAAUGUGAUCGGGAAAUGAAGACGGUUCAACCGGAAGAGGCUAGUUCAUAUUGUGCCAUGCAAGACGCUGCUUGCCGUUUUGUCGAGUGUUCAGCUAAAAAGAAUCUUCGAAUUGAUGACUUGUUCGCCGAAUUAUUCUAUGCCGCCAAUCUCCCCAUGGAGAUGGCCCCGAAUCACCAUAAGCGUGUCAGUACAGCAUUUGGUUCACCAUGCACCCUGCCCCCGCACAACCCUUCAAAUCGAUCGAAAAAGUGUACAUUGUCGAUAAAAAGGCGCUUGAGUGAUGCCUGCGGUGUCGUAGCGCCGAACGUACGUAGGCCUAGCAUUCGAACAGAUUUGAUGAUAAUGCGGACCAAAACUUGCUCCUUGGGUGAUAAUGAGACGACUACACGCCUGGGAGGGAGGAAUUCCAGUGCUUGUGUUUUGCAAUAACUUUUCGAAUGUAUUUUAAGUAAUUGAAAGGCAUAAGGUAAUUAGAUCCUUGGCGGAACUUCGGUUCUACGUUCUCUCUCACAUUUCACUUCGAAAACCCUAUCCGAAUGGAUGCUAUCCAUUCAAUGUAUCUAAACAACGCAUUUUCUAUCAUUUUACACCUGAUAUGUAACACCAAAAACCAUUGCUUUGGACUGGAAAAUAUCAUUAUUGAUUAAGUAUAAGAUUCGCGGUUUACUCGUCUAUGGAGAGAUUUUUUGACCCCGAUUUGCGAUGCUGUGUCACUUGAAUGAAAGUAAACACCAACUAUCAAGGAGUCGGAUGUCCAGGAAGCCUUGAUAGCUUCUCCUGCUACUUUAUGCCUUUCCAGUAAUAUAUUCAUAUAUUCGCUUUAGGUUUAAGCAUUCUGUUGAUAUCAUGGUUGAUAAUAAUGCAUUUAUCAUAUUCGAUAAGGAAAGCAUAGACUAUUCAUAUUCACAAUAACACAUAUUAAGACGUUUUUAGAGUCAUAAGAGAAAGAUAUGAUGUUGAAAUCGAUAGUACUUAUAAGUUAGCUACUUUUGAAACUACUUGAGGAGAAAAUAUUAUUUUUAAGAUUUGAACUAUAACUGUGAUUUCCAAAAGGUCCUGAUUUUUAUAUUCGCCGUGUUUUUUCCUAAUUUUCCGCUAAUAGGGCCAUGAAGCUCAUGUAGCAUCGAUA